ACGCGUUGCGUCUGUAGGUCGACGCCGCUUUAACCGGAGUUGUUUGGGCCGUGUACGGAGAGAGAGAGAGGACCGUAGCUGGCAGCGCUGAGCGGGUUUCAGUUGAUGUUGGUGCUCCUGGGCCGCAGGGUUCCGCUGUCCUUCGUACACAGACUCACUACCCCGCUGUACAUCCACACGGUCGAGGCCCGUCUUGGUCCGCACGGCGCCCGUUGAACCUCGGAGCGAUCGCCAGAGUUACUCCCAGCACCGACUCCCGUCAGCGGACCGAACAGAGGAACCAUGCCCGAGAGGAGGCCCUUCGUCCGGCUACCAACUGACGUGUACCCCGUCAACUACGGCUUGUGUCUGAAGCCCGACCUGAUCGACUUCACCUUCGAGGGCAAGCUGGAGGCGCUGGUGGAGGUUACACAAGCCACAAAUCAGAUUGUGAUGAACUGUGCUGACAUCGACAUCAUCACAGCGUCCUUUGUGCCAGAGGGAGGAGAAGAAAUUAAUGCUACAGGAUUCAACUAUCAAAAUGAGGAUGAGAAAGUCACCCUGUCAUUUCCUAGCGCUCUACAGAAAGGCUCCGGCGCGUUGAAGAUAGACUUUGUCGGGGAGCUGAACGACAAAAUGAAAGGAUUCUACAGAAGUAAAUAUACAACUUCUGCCGGAGAGAUCCGCUACGCUGCUGUCACACAGUUUGAGGCCACGGACGCUCGCAGAGCCUUCCCCUGUUGGGAUGAGCCAGCUAUCAAAGCCACCUUUGACAUCGCUCUGAUAGUUCCCAAGGACCGAGUAGCCUUGUCAAAUAUGAAUGUCAUUGAUCGAAAGCCAUAUCCGGAGGAUGAAAACCUUGUGGAAGUGAAGUUUGCCACCACACCCAUCAUGUCAACAUACCUUGUAGCUUUUGUCAUCGGUGAAUACGACUAUGUGGAGAGCCAAUCGUCAGAUGGUAUAACGGUACGCGUCUACACACCUGUCGGGAAGGCAGAACAAGGGAAAUUUGCACUGGAGGUUGCGACUAAGACCUUACCUUUCUACAAAGACUACUUCAGUGUUCCUUAUCCUUUGCCUAAAAUUGAUCUCAUAGCGAUCGCUGAUUUUGCUGCUGGUGCCAUGGAAAACUGGGGCCUUGUUACCUACAGGGAGACAGCACUGCUAAUCGACCCCAAGAACUCCUGCUCGUCUUCCAGGCAGUGGGUGGCGCUGGUGGUCGGACACGAACUCGCCCACCAGUGGUUUGGAAACUUGGUCACCAUGGAAUGGUGGACCCAUCUGUGGCUUAAUGAAGGAUUUGCAUCCUGGAUCGAGUAUCUGUGUGUGGACCACUGCUUCCCAGAGUACGACAUCUGGACCCAGUUUGUCUCAGCUGACUACACCCGUGCCCUGGACCUGGAUGCACUGGACAGCAGCCAUCCCAUAGAGGUGAACGUCGGCCAUCCAUCAGAGGUAGAUGAAAUCUUUGACGCCAUUUCCUACAGCAAAGGAGCAUCUGUGAUCCGCAUGUUGCACAACUACAUAGGAGACGAGGACUUUAGGAAAGGAAUGAACGCCUAUCUUUUGAAGUUCCAACAUAAAAAUGCUUCGACGGAGGAUCUAUGGGACUGUCUGGAACAGGCCAGUGGAAAACCCAUCGCAGCAGUGAUGGGCUCGUGGACCAAGCAGAUGGGCUUCCCAAUAAUAGUAGUGGACCAGGAACAGCAAGGUGACGACCGCAUCCUCAAGCUGUGUCAGAAGAAGUUCUGUGCCAGUGGACCACAUAAUGGUGAGGAUUGCCCCAACUGGAUGGUCCCCAUUAGUAUUUGUACCGGCGAGGACCCCAAAUGCACCAAGCUCAAGGUUCUGCUGGACAGACCCGAGACGACCAUCACCCUGAGCGGCGUCAGUCCUGACCAGUGGGUCAAGAUCAACCCCGGCACUGUGGGCUUCUACCGCAUCCAGUACAGCUCUUCCAUGCUGGAGAGUCUGCUGCCGGGCGUCCGGGACCUCAGCCUGCAGCCUGUGGACCGACUCGGCCUGCAGAACGACCUCUUCUCACUGUCUCGUGCCGGGAUGAUCAGCACGGUGGAGGUGCUGAAGCUGAUGGAGGCGUUUGUCAACGAGCCCAACUACACAGUGUGGAGCGACCUCAGCUGCAACCUGGGAGUGUUGUCCUCGCUGCUGUCCCACACCGACUUCCACGAGGAGAUCCAGGAGUUCAUCCGGGACCUGUUCACCCCCAUCGGCCUGGAGCUCGCCUGGGACAGCAAACCGGGGGAAGGUCACCUGGACGCCCUGUUGAGAGGACUGGUACUGGGGAAACUGGGUAAGGCGGGACACAAACCCACACUGGAGGAGGCCCGGCGGAGAUUCAGGGACCACGUGGAUGGAAAGCAGGUCCUGCCUGCAGACCUCCGGAGCCCGGUGUAUUUAACAGUGCUGAAGCAUGGAGACAGUGCCACAUUGGACACGAUGCUGAAGCUCCACAAACUAGCAGACAUGCAGGAGGAGAAGAACCGCAUCGAGCGAGUUCUGGGCGCCAUCUCUGCCCCCGACCUCAUCCAGAAAGUCCUCAACUUCGCCCUCUCGGAAGAGGUUCGUCCCCAGGACACAGUUUCAGUAAUCGGGGGCGUGGCAGGAAGCAGUAAACAAGGCCGGAAAGCUGCCUGGAAGUUUGUCAAGGACAACUGGGAGGAGCUUUACAACCGCUACCAGGGCGGCUUCCUCAUAUCACGGCUUAUCAAGCUAACAGUUGAUGGAUUUGCUAUUGACAAAAUGGCUGCUGAAGUGAAGAGUUUCUUUGAGAGUCACCCGGCGCCGGCGGCUGAGCGUACGGUGCAGCAGUGCUGUGAGAACAUCCUCCUCAACGCCGCCUGGCUGAAGCGCGACGCAGACGACAUCCACCAGUAUCUACUGCAGCGCAAAGCGCCCCCCGUCUGAGCCGCCGCCCCCUCCCCCCUGCCGCCGCCUCCCCCCCCAUCCCUCCAGCGCGGACCUCCCAGCAUCAUAGCUGCCUCGCCCCCCCCCACCCACCUCCUCAAUACAGACCAGAGCGGGAGACCAGAGCGUACUUACAGCAGGCUUCAUUUCUCUAAAGAGACUGUAUAAAACAAGAAGGCAAAGCCAAGAAUUUAACAAAGUGUUGGAAACACAGAGACUCUUUCUACGUUAACAAAGCAAAUCCAUUUUAGUCAGACCAGGAAUGUAGUUUUACCCCCAUUCUGUCCACGAGCAGACGACACGACGGUAGAAAACCCCCCCGGUGCUCGGCGAAGUCACAGAAACACCACGUCCCUCCAAACGAUCGCUAACCCUGCUAACGCACUCUGCAUCACCUGCCCCGUAUGCACACCCUCAUCCAUCUCUGCGUCGUAGCUGAGAAAACUGUGAAUCCCCCCCCCACCCCACCCCUCCUCCUCCCUCCCUCUCCUUCCUCCUCCCUUUUUUUUCCCCUCCUCCCGCUGCCUCCCAUUUUGAAUGCAUGAAGUGUGAUUUUCUGCAUUUGCUGCUUUGUUUACUUCUGUUUGUUUUCUGUACAAACAAAUUAUUUGUUGUUUUGACUCACUCCCCCCUCCGAACCCUCUCUCAGUUAAAAGUUCACCUCCACCUCCUCCUCCUCCUCCUUCUCUUUCGGGCGUUGUGAUUGGGUGAAAGCAGAAGGCACCUGGGCAGAAUGGGGUUAAUAACGGUAGUGUGUGUUGUAGUUUCCAACAGCACUGAUUCUCCAUUGCUAAUAAACGGUUAGGACGAGGCGAGCAGCGCUAGCAUGGUACUACAUUGUAAACUGUAUAAUGCAAGCAUUUCUUUUUUGUUUUUGUUUUUUUUUUUUUUGCGGACGAUGUUCCUUUUUUAAAAGAAUUAAAUGGAAAAGUUCACGGUUACCUGUUUCCUCCCCUCUUCUCCCCCAAAAACCCCCUCGAGCUCUGUCCAGUCAGAGUUUGUAUAGUUUGAAUCAUCAACAACCAUAUUUAAACUCCCCCUUCCUCCUCCUCCUCCUCCCAACCCUCCUCCCCCUCCUCCCCCCCGGUUCUUUCUCUGCUGCCCUUAAUGAAAUGAAGAUAUUGGCGUUGUUUUAUAAGACAUCAGAUGCAGUGAUUUAUUUAAAUGUUGAGAUAAUCUUAUAUUCUGAGGAGAGAGAGACAAGAGGGGAAAAAAAAAAAAAAAAAGAUCACAACACUACUUUUUUCGGGGCCUUUUCUUUCUGAUCAGGAAACGCCUGUCGAUAGGGUUGAGAGUCCGGCGAGGCCCCGAGUCCCCCCCCGGACGGCGUGGACGCGACCGAUCGACUUCGACUCCGCUGUCAAACUUGGAAAGCCUUAAACUGGUCGACUGGUUUGCAGUAAAAUAUUUAACACUGAAGUGGUGAUUUUAAUAGGUUGACUUCCACAUAACGUCAAAUGUAUCUAAUGUGACAGAAUAUGCAGACUUGUUGAACGAGUAUAUCUAUAUAGAAUUUACAAUUUGAUGUGGUUUUUGAAAACAUACCGAUCAAGUCAUCCAACCUGUUGUCGAGACUCUUCCCUCCUCCCCUGACCUCCGACCCCCCCGGAACAUUUGUUGUUGUUUUGGUUUUUUUUUUUUUUUUUUUUUCCAGUUUGUUUCUUUUGUUUCUUUUUUUUUUUUUUUUUUUUGUUUGUUUAAAACUACAGUUGGUGUUCAUUAAAGUGAAAAAGGAAUAUAAAAACAAACAAACAAAUGAUGUGAAAUUAGUACAAGUUGAUUUUAAUGAGUGAGGUGUGAGUGUGCAUGCCUGGAAACAGAUUUGUAAUUUAUUUUGUAUUAUCUCACCAAGAGCAGGCGGAGGAGGAGAUGAUCUUAUUGGAUUACAAAACGGUUAAAGCGGCACUGAAACUGAUGAAUAAUGUGUGUGUGUGUGUGUAUAUAACAGCUGAAUUACACCUAAUGAGAAUAAAAUUGGUUACAGAUUGAUAUAGACGAUCACACAGAGAAAAAUUCCAAUGUCUUCACGUUUUGGUUUCAUAAAGUGUCUGUAGAAAACUUUCAGGCAGCGUUCGGCUUAGAGUUUGUUGUUCAGAGACGUUUGAUGUUUUCUUGUCAUUUUUGUUUUCUUUAUUUUUUUCUAAUGAAUCUGAAUUUAGUUCAACAUGUGGGAUGUCUUUGUGCUUCUGACUCUUUGAGAAGAGGAAAAUCUCUCGUGGCAGGAGAGCUUCAGCGAUGCCAAGGCAAACGUAAAUAUGCAGUCCAAUAAAGUAACACUUGAUGAUA